GGACACCCCUCACUCCCACCCCCACCCCCACGUCCUUCACUCCAAUCCUCUCUUUUCUCAAAACCCUCUUUCUUUCUUCGUCUCCCUUUUCCAAAAAGCUGCGUCUCUUCUUUCUCUUUUCGAAGAAAAUAUUCAUUUCUAACUUUGCUUUGCUUUGCUUUCUGGCUCGCUCCACCCUCGCCUGUUUCUUUCUGCUCCUGCGGACGCUACGCUACUCAACCAACGCCUUUCUGCUACGCUACAUAUAUUCUAAAAUGUUUUUGCAACAACAACAAGGAAGAAGAUGAUUUUGUGGGGAUUCGAAUUCGAAUUUAUCACAUUCCCCAUUCUCAGAUCUCUCCCACAGGAUACCAUCUCACACUUACAAUUCUCUUCCUCUUACCUCAUCUGAUCAAAUUCAAUCUCUAAUAACGCAACCGAGGACAGUUCCCCACGGCUUACAGGUUGGGGUUUCGCCGACAACUGGCGCCCUAUCUGGAGAAUGCCUUCUCUGCUACAUGGGACACCAUGAACUGAUAAUCAACCCAACACAAAAUAGAUUAUGGAAACGCUUUCUCUGAGUUUGCUCUCCAAAGCGGCUCUUCUAGUUUUGGCGCUCCUGGAACUUGCUUCCGCUACACUUUCCCCUUCUGGUGUAAACUACGAAGUCGUAGCUUUGAUGGCCAUAAAAAGUGAUUUAAUAGAUCCCCAUAAUGUUCUGGAGAAUUGGGAUUCUAACUCUGUGGAUCCUUGUAGCUGGAGAAUGGUCACUUGUUCUCCAGACGGAUAUGUUUCUGCUUUGGGCCUACCAAGCCAGAGUUUGUCUGGCGUCUUAUCACCGGGGAUAGGAAACCUCAGUAAGCUGGAAUCAGUGUUGCUUCAGAACAAUGACAUUGCAGGGCCAAUUCCUGCAACCAUCGGAAAGUUAGAGAAUCUUCAGACUCUUGAUCUCUCCAACAAUGUAUUUAGCGGUGAAAUACCCAGUUCCCUAGGGGACUUAAAGAAGCUGAACUAUUUGCGACUAAAUAACAACAGCCUAACUGGACCUUGUCCCGAGACUCUAUCCAAAGUUCAAGGUCUCACACUCGUGGACCUUUCCUAUAACAACUUGAGUGGCUCCUUGCCCAAAAUAUCAGCAAGAACAUUCAAAAUUGUUGGCAACCCUUUGAUAUGUGGCCCAAACAACUGCUCUGCCAUCUUUCCAGAGCCGCUGUCCUUUUCCUCAGAUGCUCUCGAUGGAAAUUUGGGAUUUGGUAAGAGCCACCGAAAGGCAAUUGCUUUUGGAGCAAGUUUUAGUGCUGCUUUUAUUGUAUUAGUCCUUAUUGGGCUAGUUAUCUGGUGGAGAUACAGACACAACCAGCAGAUUUUCUUUGAUGUAAAUGAUCAAUAUGACCCAGAGGUACGUUUGGGUCAUUUGAGAAGGUACACAUUCAAGGAACUUCGGGCAGCAACGGAUCAUUUCAACUCAAAGAAUAUCUUGGGAAGAGGUGGUUUUGGAAUUGUGUACAAGGGAUGCUUAAAUGAUGGGACUCUGGUAGCGGUUAAAAGGUUGAAGGAUUAUAACACCGCUGGUGGGGAGAUCCAAUUUCAGACUGAAGUAGAAAUGAUAAGCUUAGCUGUACAUCGAAACCUUCUCAGGCUUUUUGGCUUCUGUUCGACUGAAAGUGAAAGACUUCUGGUUUACCCAUUCAUGCCCAAUGGAAGCGUUGCAUCUCGUCUAAGAGAUCAUAUACAUGGGCAACCGGCUCUAGAUUGGGCAAUGAGAAAGAGAAUAGCCUUGGGUACAGCUAGAGGAUUGGUGUACUUGCAUGAGCAGUGCGACCCCAAAAUUAUCCAUCGUGAUGUGAAGGCAGCCAACAUUCUCCUUGAUGAAGAUUUUGAGGCGGUUGUUGGGGAUUUCGGGUUGGCCAAACUUUUGGAUCACAGGGAUUCUCAUGUGACUACGGCGGUGCGUGGUACUGUUGGCCAUAUUGCUCCAGAGUACUUAUCAACAGGACAGUCAUCAGAAAAGACGGAUGUUUUUGGGUUUGGAAUCUUGCUUUUGGAGUUAAUUACCGGUCAGAAGGCUCUGGAUUUCGGUCGAGGAGCAAACCAGAAAGGCGUGAUGCUAGACUGGGUGAAAAAGCUGCAUCAAGAAGGAAAGCUGAAUGUAAUGGUGGAUAAGGAUUUAAGAGGCAAGUUUGACAGAGUUGAGUUAGAAGAAAUGGUUCAGGUUGCGCUCUUGUGCACUCAAUUCAAUCCUUGUCACCGACCAAAAAUGUCUGAAGUAUUAAAAAUGUUGGAAGGCGAUGGUUUAGCUGAGAAAUGGGAAGCAUCACAGCACAUGGAGACGCCAAGAUACCGAGCAUGCGAGAAUCCCCCUCAACGGUACUCAGAUUAUAUAGAAGAAUCUUCUCUGAUAGUAGAAGCCAUGGAGCUUUCGGGGCCCAGAUGAGAGUCUUUUUGUUUAUGUUUCUUAUGUAAUUCCCUCGUACAAGUUACAUCAUUAAGUUGCAGAGAAAAUAUGCGAUUGGUUGUGUAAAAAGAAACAAGAGAAAGUGUAAUGCUAAGCUGGUUUGUUGAGAAAUUCUACGGGUCCGAAGUUUAGAGCUUGUGGCGGCGAAGAUCUAUCUGAUUCUGCACAAGUCAUAAUACUAAUACUCGACCUUUCUUCUAGUCCUUGAAGAAAGAAGGUGCAUGUUUAUUAGAUUUUGUGGCCCAUGUUCGCUUGUGGAUCGUCCAAUUCAAAAAAGGCCCAAUAUCCUGAAUCCAGAUUGGAGGCCCAACCCAUUAAUCGAUCGGGAUGCUGCUUUGGUGAAACAUGAAGCAUCAUUGUCGAAUUGUAUACGCGAUGGCGCCACGCGUCCCCUGAUGUGUCGGCGGGAAUUGUAGUUCCCGCGAUCCGGCAGGAAUCAGCUUUUUCCAAGGAAACUAUUAUUUUACCCUCAUGUCUCUCUCCCUCCAACUUUGGAUUCAUCGUUUCGUUUCAUUGUGUGUGUGUGUGUUGCAUUUUGUUUAUGUCUCACUCCAAUGACAUUUAUCAUUUUGUUUUCGCUUCUAGUUCUAUUGGUUUGGCGAUGCUAA